AUUUGUAUUGUAAGAGAAGAAAUCGGUGCGAUUGACUAUGGCAAUUUCUUUGGCCCGAUUGCGAGAUUUGCUAGAUUCAAAUGGAAGUAUAUUGAUGCGGAUGGUUCUGGUGUUUUAUCCAUCAUUCUCAGUGCCUUAUAUCGCCCAAGUAAUGCUCCUGUUCAAUGCGAUUACAGAAAAGGUGAAUCAUCAAGUGCUAAGACAUCUUUGGGGUUGGAUUGUUGGGGUGAUGAGCAAAAUUCAGGAAGCUGUCCUGUUGUAUUGGCAGUCAACAAUGAUUCCUCUGUUGGAUCCGGUUGUAGAGAAGAUGAGUAAUGCAUGGGAAGAUCUCAUGCUGUAUUUGCUGUCGAAGUUGAGAGUUGUGCGGGAUCGGAUUGCCAGUAAGAUGAGAAAUGCAUCGGAAGCUCUUGAGAUGCAUCUCAUCAGUGAUGCGGAAAUGGGUCAACCGAAGGCCAAGCUGAUCGGCAAACUUGCCUUGUUAUCCACAACGUUUUUUCUGCAAGGAUUAGAGUUACGUUUUAAAUAUGAUAAAACAGGAGUAAUCACGGCAUGUUUCAUCUCUAUUUGCCUGAGCAUGCUAACAUUUUCCUAUUAUUGGAGUAAAACACUUGAAAUCCUCUCUCGGAGGUGGGGCUGCACGUCAAAUUCAACACUGAACUUCACUUGCUUUAUUCUAGCAAUUUGUUUUGAAAAAUUUUAUGAUAAUACCUUGAGGAACAUUGGUGCGGCGUUCUGCAUGGCUGUUUUUAUUCUAAGUCUGCAGGGUGGUGUUACGCCCACGAAUAGACCUUGGCUUCUUUGGAUUCAUGCUAGGAGUUUUUGGAUCCGUGACUUACAGUCACUUCGGGUUGAAGUACCCUACCUGGAUAAUUUCCUGUAUCUGUUUUGUGAUGUUUGGUUUCAAGAGUUGGUUAGAUAAGCACUGGUUGGAUUUUGAGGAAGAUCUGCCACGGCUCUCUACAUAUAUUAAUACAAUAGGAAGCGCCACCAUGAUUGCUUCUCUCCCAUACACCUGGUACGUCGUUACUCAACGCAUCUUUAGCCCAGCUGGUGGCAAUGAAAACAGUCUACUUUU